AUGGAAUUGAAUGAAAAAGACUAUUUAACUACUUCAAAAUUUGACUCGUGUGACGAUUUAUUAAAAAGUGUUCAAGAAUUUUAUUAUUCUAAAGGAUAUGGGAUAUCUAUUCGUGGUUCAAGACAAGACAAGCACGUGAUUUUGCAAUGUGACAGGAGCGGUUCAUAUCGAGAUAUACGAGGUAUUGCAAAUAAAAGAAAAAAAACUACCGCAUCUCGUUUGAUCGAUUGCCCUUUCAAGAUUGUGGGCAAAAAAUGUAGUGAUGGACCUGAUGGUGAUGGCACUUGGACAUUUAACGUGAAGGACUUGACACAUAACCAUGAGCCAUCUACGGACAUAUCUGGGCAUCCAUCGUUUCGUCAGUUGUCAUCCGAAAGCAUAAAAAGUGUUAAAGAGAUGACCAAAGCUGAAAUUCCCCCAAGACAAAUUCUUUCAUCUUUACGUCAAAAAACCCCAAAUCUACCGGCCAUCUCUAGAACUAUAUAUAAUGUGAAGAAAAAAAUACGAAAGGAAAAUUUAGGGAAUCGGCCCAUGAUUAACGCAUUAUUUGAGGAGCUUGAAGAAGGUGGUUUUACAUAUGAUAUUUCACAUAAUUCGGAGGGGCGUAUAUCUCGUUUGUUUAUUGCACACCCUUUGUCGAUUAAACUUGUCAAAGCCUUUUCUGAUAUCUUUGUGAUGGAUUGCACCUACAAAACCAAUAAAUAUAACAUGCCACUCCAUGAUAUCAUUGGUGUUUCAUGUUUCAAUACAUCCUUUUAUUCUGAGUUUGUUUUUUUAGAAAAAGAAGAUGAAGAAAAUUAUUCUUGGGCAUUACGUGCAUUUAAGGAGAUUAUUGGACAAGGUAAUCAACCAUGUGUGAUUAUGUCAGAUAGGGAAUUGACGUUAAUGAAUGGCAUAAAAAAUAUUUUUCCUACAACGACAAAUCUUUUAUGUGUUUGGCAUAUUGAAAAGAACGUAUUGGCAAAUUGCAAGAAAUAUUUUGGACGUGCCGAAGAUAUUGAUAUUUUUAUGUCAAGUUGGAAUAAUGUUGUAUACUCGACGACGGAAGAUCUCUUUGAGAAAAAUUGGGAUGAAUUUGAGUCAAUGUAUAUAGAGAAGAAAGAUGCACUUGAGUACAUAAAAAAAAUAUGGCUUCCUUGGAAAGAAAAUUUUGUUAGUGUUUGGACCGAUAAGUACUUGCAUUUUGGCAAUCGGUCUUCAUCAAGAGCUGAAGGUGCUCAUGCCAAACUUAAACAAUAUUUGCAAGUUUCUACAGGAGAUUUGAGGGAAGUGAAAGAGAAAAUUUUUCUUGCAGUCGAGCAUGAAUUUAAUGAGAUUAAAGUGAAACUCUCAAGUGAGAAACUUCAAGUUCCUCACUAUUGCAAUAUGCCAUUUUUUAGAGAGCUUCAUUCUCAUAUUUCUCACUUUGCCUUGAAGGAGAUAUAUAGGCAAUAUGAUGUUGCAAAAGAUGGUAUUAUAACUCCGUGCACCGGUCACUUUAUUACAACUAUGGGUCUUCCAUAUGCUCACAAAAUAAAAUAUUGGCAAGGAACUACUUUUUCGUUGGAUUUAAUCCACCCUUAUUGGAGGAUUGACACGUUAUCAUUAAAUGUACAAAAUGAUUUGCAUGGUGAAGGCAUCGAUCGAUUCGAUGAGUUGCUUAAUGAGUUGCGCUCAAUGUAUCAAAGGUGGCCCUUAAAUAAGAAAGAACAUGCUCUUUCAGUGAUUACAAAACUUGUGAACCAAUCUGUCAUCGUUUUUGAGCCCAUGAUUCAACGACCAAAAGGAAGACCUCCAAAAUCAAAAAAGAAAAGAGGAAUAACGUCCACUUCACGAGAUCCUUCAAGAUUUGAAUCGGUAGAGUUAUCACAAAGCCGCAAUAAAGUGGAUGAUGAAAAUAGCUUAAUUGAUUUAAAUGUAUAUUCAUUAGAUACCUUUGAUUUAGAUGGUUCUUUUUGA